AAAAACUAAAAGAAACAAUAGAAAAUUUUUUAUUUGAUGGAAAAAAGUGCUGCGAUAUUUUUGAAGGAAUAGUACGUAAAUUUCAAAUGCGAUUUGAUGAAAUGGAAAAAAUACAUAAUAAAUUAAAUAAUUGAAGAAAAUUACAAAGAACAACAACGGAAAAAUUUAUUUAUUAAAACAAAACAAAUUGAAAAACCGGAAUACUAGAAAAAAUAUGAAUUGAAGAAAAACAAAGUUGAGUGUGUGUGUCAAAUUAAAAAAUCAUUUUUUUCUUCGACGUCCGAACGAACGAAGAAAAAAAUGUAAAAAUAGAAAAAAAUCGUCAAAAGCAAAGUGUAGAAAAUUUUGUAUUGUAAUUUCGCAAAAGGAGUCCAGUUUUCUUUUGCAGCAAAGUGAAGGAAUUUGGAGAAAAAUAAUCUAUUUGAAUGUGAAAAUAAGAAAAUAUUGUUUUUGUAAAAGAAAAAAAUUACGCAAAGAAUAGAAUUUCCACACCCACUUGUCAAUAAAAAAACACAUAUGAGAAAAAUAAAUACACCAGCAAAAGAUUCCUUUGGUCAUGUGUGCAUAUAGUUUUCUUUUCUCCUCCAUCCAACCAUCCAUCAUCGCCUUCCAACAAACAUUUUCAUUGUAAAUAAGAGGAGGCAGAGGGGAUUGUGUAAAAAUAUACGUGCUAGUGUGUUAUGUGUGUGUGUGUAUGUUGUGCGUGUAUGCGAAAAUGUGCAAUUUCUUUAAUUUAUUUAUUAUUUAUACCACAAAAUAAAUAAAAUGUGUAAUUUGUCAAAGUGGAAUUAUUUCAAAUAUAAUUAAAAUAAGAGUUAUAAAUGUGAAACAAAACAAAUAAAAUACACAAAAAAUAACAACACACAACCUCAAAGGAAAAAAAAAAGCCAACUCCCUUUAAGAAAAAAUAAUAAAAAACGAAACGAAAGCCAUACAACAAACAAACAAAAAACAACUAAAACGACCAACCAACAACAACAAUUCAUUAUUAGCCACUUUUUGAUCUACAUGCAAACCAUACAUACAAAAACAACAACCAACACCGAAAUAGUUUGAAAAUAAUAACAAUAAUAUAAAUAGAAAAAAGAAAAAAAAAAUAACGCAAAAAGUAAAACAAUAACAACAACGUCAAUAUUUAUUAAUUAAAGUUGCCGUAAUGGCAACGCAACUUGAUCCCAAUGUCAAGGAUGACCUAAAGACACAAUUUGUAACGCGUGAGGGUACCUACAGAUUACUCACACUCUCGGAGUAUUCACGACCCAAUCGCGUGGGUUACACCAACAAUCAAAGUUCCCCACAAGUACGUGUCUCCAUUGUUACCCUGCCGAAUCCACCGACGGCUACUGGUAACAACUCCUCCUCCAACUCAGGCACAAAUAACUCAUCAGCGACAAAUGGUUCAAAUGGUGCUGGCAGCAGUAGUCACAGCCGCCCUCUAACCAAUGGCAAUAAUUCGCAAAAUGCUUCCAAUGGAGCUGGCGGCGAUGGUGGUGGCGCUGGUUAUGAUGUGCAAUCUUCGUCCUCUCUAAAUGGCCAACAAUCACAAUAUGUGGUGCCCUCGUCGAUGGAUGCACGUUUGGGUGCUGGCAUGUCCAUGCAUACAAUGAUGAAUGGGUCUGGUGUUGGAGGUUUAGAUCAGAAUGGCUUGUCUGCCAGUCAAGUUUUGGGUGGCGAUCGUAUAUGUUUCAAUUUUGGCAGGGAAUUGUAUGUGUAUGCCUUUAGAGGUGUAAAGAAGGGUGCGGAAUUGAGUAAACCUAUUGAUAAGAAAUUCUAUAAAGGAACAAAUCCUAGUUGUCAUGAUUUUAAUGCUACAACAGCAACACCCACGGGAGCUCCUCUGCUGGUGGGUUUUACCACGGGUCAAAUACAGCUGGUUUCACCACAGCCAGGACCCCGUGAAUAUCGUAAACUAUACAAUGAAGAUCGUCUAAUUGAUAAAACCAAAGUGACCUGUUUAAAAUGGCUGCCAAAUUCACCGAAUCUCUUUUUGGCCUCUCAUGCUUCGGGACACCUUUAUUUGUACAACGAGAAUCUACAAUGUCCACCAACUGCACCUAAUUAUCAGCCCUUUAAAAUGGGCGAAGGCUAUUCAAUACUAACCUGCAAGUCGAAAUCGAGUCGAAAUCCUUUGUAUAAAUGGGUCUUUAAUACCGAAAAUUGUUGUAUAAACGAAUUUUGUUUCUCACCAUGCGGUUCAAAUUUAGCAAUAGUAUCACAGGAUGGUUUUUUACGAGUGUUUCAUUAUGAUACCAUGGAAUUGUUGGGUAUAGCGCGUUCCUAUUUUGGUGGUUUUCUAUGUGUGUGCUGGUCUCCGGAUGGCAAGUAUAUUGUGGUGGGCGGUGAAGAUGAUCUGGUAACAGUGUGGUCUUUUCAUGAGCGACGAGUAGUGGCUCGAGGUCAGGGUCAUAGAUCGUGGGUUUCAGUGGUGGCAUUUGAUCCCUAUACCACAUCGUAUACCUCAUGGGAUGGUGGUGAUUUUUCAGAUGAUGAAAAUCAAAUAAUGGAAUAUGGUGCAUCACGUUAUGGCGGUGAUGGUACAACUGCAAAUGGUUUUGAUUCCUAUGCAGUGAGUGGUCACGAUAAGAACUCUACGCCCAUACAUUCAAGGCAGCGACCACAAUCAGCUUCGUUUAGAUCGGAAGCUUCAUCUUUGGCUCCCGACAAAUUGGCCAUAAGUUAUCGUUUGGGUUCGGUAAGCCAGGAUACGCAAAUUUGUCUAUGGGAUAUAACCGAGGAUAUACUAAGGCACCCCUUAAGCCUUAGGCAAAGAGUAAAUAGCUGUAAUAUGAAUGAUACCAGUUUUAUGAAUGGUGGCAUUGAUGCAGAUGGCGUCAAGGUUAUACGACCCGUGGCCAUUGGCCAUCCCAAUAAUAAUGCUAAUAGUUUUUCCCAACACUGUAGUAGUCCAACCAAAGAAAUGACAACCGCAACCACAACACCACAAACGUCAGGAGAACAAAAUAGUAAUAGUAGUUCUAGUAAGUUUUCAACAGCCAACUGUACAAUAUCCUCACAAUCAUCAAAUGCCAAUACACCGCCAGAUGACCUACUGGCAGCGACUGCAACAACAGCCAAUAAAACAAACUCAAAAUCCCUUGCUAAUGCCUCCACUACGGGGGGAACUAUAAAAUUUCCCAACUGUAUUACAGCCACCAAAUCCGAUUCGAUUGAUGGCAACACCACCGCCAAUCAUGUAAAUACAUUCUCCACAUCAUCGGGUUACAACAGCAAAACAUCCAAUAGUAGCAAAUCCUCAGAUUCUGGUAUAUCAGCGUUCAAUUCGCUAACACAACGAUUAAGUAAUUUUUCAUUCCUCAAUUCGUCGGACAAGAAAUCGCUUAAUCUAGAGGGUGGCAGUACCCGACAAAAUCGUCGCACCCUAAGUCUACUCAAAUCCUAUAAUCAUCACAAUUCAACUAUGAAUCAUCAGCACAUGGCCAAUUCGACACAAAUCGAAACGAAUGCCAACUCAUCGACAUCAUCUCAUAGUUUUGGCUCUUUAAAAUUGGGCAAAUCAUCAUCGCAACAUCAUCAUCAUCAUCAGUCCUUAAUAAAUAAUUUAUCGAACUGUUCACCCUCAUCGACUACGAAUUCAAUCAUACCAUCAUAUGAUCCAUUAAAACUAAUUGGCACAUCGGCGUGUCCACGUUUCGAUGAGUGUCCACUGCUUGAGCCGUUGGUGUGUAAGAAGAUCGCUCAUGAACGUUUAAGUGCUUUAAUAUUUCGAGAGGAUUGCUUUUUAACGGCAUGUCAAGAUGGUUUUAUUUACACAUGGGCCAGGCCGGGUUAUGCUACGAACGUUCCCCAACAUUUAUCGCCAACACAAACAGCGCCACCUGGUGGUACGGUAAUAUAGUUCGAUAAAAUAAAUAUAAAACAAUAUCAUAAGAAUUUAGAAAAAUUUAAUAUUUAUGCUACUAACACAACAACAACAACAAAUACUACUACUCCAACUUUUCCUCCCUCCUGUUCUUCGACAACUACUACAACACCUUUAACGCCAACAAAACUUUUUUUAACCACAGGUGAGAAAAGAGUGUAAAAAUAGAAGAAAUUAAAAAAAAACAGUUUUUAUAAAAAACUUUUUUUUUUAUAUAAAAAAUUUAUAAUUUUCUUAUUUUUGAUAUUUACAAUAGAAGAAAAUAAGAAAAGAAAAAUCAUAAUUAUAAUAAAAAAAAUCAUGUUAAAUAUUAAACAUAAAACAAAAAAAUUAUUAUUAAUAAAUAAAAUAUUAAAUUAUAGUUACCAUUUUCCCACUUACACUUAUUAUAUAUUUUUUUUUCUCCUAUUUAUAAUUUUGUUAAAUUUUUUUAUUAAAAAUAAAAGAAAUUAUUACACUUUUUUUAUAAAUAUUUAUACAUACAUUUAAUAAUACUUUAAUAAACAAAAAAUUUAUAAAAGAUCUAUAAAUGCUGGUUUAUAUUUGAAAAAUUCUGUUUAAAGUCUUUGUUUAAAAUUUCAAAUCAUGUUAUAUAUUUGAAAAGUUUUUUAAAUUGUGAUUUUCGUAUUGAACUGGUUGUGUUGAAUGUUUUGUAAAAAAAAAAACUUUGUUGUAGAUUUGAUUAUGUAAAAAUUCUCCUAUAAACAAUUGGAUUUAAUGUAAACGUUUUAUAUAUUUAAUUUUGUUCAGAUUUUUUUGUAAUUAGCUAUACAUUGAAUUCAGUAUUUCAAUCUGAAUGCAAGGAUAAACUAUAAAAAACGUAGAAUUCAUCUUAAAAUCAGAUUUGUAUUGAAAAUGAAAUAUAUAGCCUCAAAGAACUGUAUCUGAACUGACAGAACUUUUCUUGUUUUCUAAAGGUUUCGAGGUUGUUAAUUUCAAAUACAAUUCAUUUAUGAAUGAUCUAGUUUCAGAAUCGUUCUAUAAUACGUUGGAAUAAUUAUGCUCGAAAACAUUUAUUAUAAACAAAUUUUGUUAUAAAAAACUAAUUUAACAAGUAGUACAUACAGAGCCUUCUCAGAUUCAUGAAUAGCAACCCUGGAACUAGUGAUGUCGAUUCUAGAAUUCGUUAUCUGUUCCAUUGUUGUGAUUCUAAAGUAUAUCUAAGGAGUUUUUCCGCAACUAGUCUUUUGUCACUAGUAGUUCUAAUUGAAACGCAUAUUAGUUCAAAAAUAUUUUUUAUUUUUUUUUUGGAAUCAGUUGAGAAAAUUAGAAAAAUAUGAGAUCAAUUAAAAAUGAAAUAAAUUUAUUUUCAUAUAUAUUUAUGUAUGCAAUGGAUCUCUACGAAAUUGAACAACGAAUAUACAGGAAGUAUUGAAAACUAUAAAAUAUCUAGUUUCACGGUGGAAUUUCAGAAUUCAUUCCAAAUCUUACCAAAUUUGAACAAAAAUUUAUGGUCAAAAUUACAAGUACCAGAGCUGUUCUUGAAAAGCUAAAUAUGUUCUCUAAAACUUCUCUAGAACUAGUUUCGAGAUUAAAAUAAAAAAAAAACUGGUUUCAUAGAACUAGUAUCGAAUCCUUAAUGGUUCCACAGAACCUGUUGAACGAGGACAGGGCAUAAACUUUCUUUCUGGAAUGACCUAGGUAAAACUUGGUAAUGACUUGUACUAACUUGGUACUAAAAAGAACUUGCUUUUCAAUGUCUACUUCAUACCAUCUACCUUUUGUUUAAGUUGUUCACUAAUAACUUACAAAUGUAUAAUUUGAUACAUAAGCAGUCAUUUGGAAUUUUUUAUUAAUUUUCAGAAAAAAAAAACAAAAUUUUAUAAUUAAAUUAUAUUAUUGUUCCACUGUACUUUCAAAUAUAAAUAUAUUUUCUAUUGUGAUAUUUACAAUUUUCACAAUAUAUUGAAGUAUUUUCUUAAAUUUGUUUACGAUAUUUGAAAGACCGUUUUAAUAUAUUUCUAGCUAGCAUUUUUUGAACUUUUUUAUCAAAUUCGAGUCAUUUAUGAUUCUUCUGUACGAUUAAAACGUACAUAUAUGCAACAUCUUUCUGAUCAUAAAUGUUACUUUCUUCGGGAGAAAAUGGUACACUAUCCGCAACUCUUCUAAAAGAGUCUAUUAUGAGUACUUCUUCUUCUGAUCAGUUCCGAUUCAUUUUUGAAACUUUUUUGUGUAAUUUUUCUGUCGAAUUACUGGUCGUUUUAGAGACUUUUUCGAAUCAAUUUUUAGUAGUUUUUAGUCUUUUCUAUGCAAUUUUUAUGACUGUUACAAACAAAUACAAUAACGCAGAAAACAGUUUUUGAUCUUCCGACUGCUUGAAAUAUGAUCAAAAAAUAAGUUUGAAAACUAUCAUAUUUUAAACACCAGGAAUGAUCAAUUUCAGGUUUUAAUCAUCAUCAAAAGGUGCCAAAAAAGACUCAAUUUACUGAUUAAUCAAUAUCAAUUUGGUCGUAAAUCUCAUUUAUAUUUGGCAGUACUUAGUAUCGGUGGAUCCAAUUCGGAACUAAACAUACCAACAUUCGUGUUAGGCCCAAUUUAGAUUGUUUUAAUUUCAAAAUUUAGUUUAAAAAUUUCCUUGAAAUCUUGAAGGUUCAUGUAAAAUAGCCUGAUGCUGAACAAUAUGAAGCCUUUUACUGCUUUACCAUGAAAAUUAUUUUGAAAUUUAAAAAACUUAAAACAUGAAUCUCUUUAAAAUAAUUCCAUAAAUUUCCUUACAAAUUACAAAUUUCAAAAAAAAAAAAAAAACAUUUGGAAAAUA